CUGUCCUUGUCAGGUGAUUUGAUGCUUUUUGGGCAAAACUGACUCAGAAAUACUGUGAGAAACCAAAGCGUUCAAGAAGUUGCUGCAGAAUGUUUCUUUGCGAGGAAAGCUGUGCUGGACAAAUAACAAGCUAUAAUCUGCGGCAACUCUUCUUAUGAAAGAAUUUUUGUUAAAAAAAGAAGCUUAGAAGAUGAAACAUUCCUCCAGUUCAGUUUGAUCACAUUCCAUGAGAACACAAAAUGCAUCCUGAAUCUAAAAAGCAGUUGAACGUCAUUGUUUUAGGAGUAGCCUUUAUGUUUAUGUUCACUGCUUUCCAAACAUGUGGAAACACUGCACAAACUGUUAUCACAAAUUUGAACAACACAGAUUUUCAUGGCAGUGGCUAUACCAGCAUGGCCAUUAUUUAUGGAGUCUUCUCAGCAUCAAAUCUUAUUUCACCUUCAGUGGUUGCAAUUGCAGGGCCACAGCUCUCUAUGUUUUCUAGUGGCAUCUUUUAUAGCAUAUAUAUAGCUGUCUUUAUUGAACCAUAUCCAUGGAGCUUCUACACAGCCUCUGUUUUCCUUGGCAUAGCAGCUGCUAUAUUGUGGACUGCCCAGGGAAACUGUCUGACAAUAAAUUCCAAUGAAAACACAAUUGGCAGAAACAGUGGAAUCUUCUGGGCAUUACUGCAAUCUAGCUUGUUUUUUGGGAAUCUGUAUAUAUACUUUGCCUGGCAAGGGAAGACCCAUAUAACAGACAGUGACCGCAGGACCGUCUUCAUUGCUCUGACAGUGAUCAGUCUUGUAGGGACCGUUCUGUUCUUUCUCAUCAGGAAUCCACAGGAAUCAAAUACAGAAGAAGGAGAAAUAGCAGACAAUGCUGAUAACCUUGUAGAACCAACGUCUGACCAAAGUAAAAUGACAAGAGCCACAGAUGCAUUUAAAAGCUCUAUCAAGUUGUGUUUCACGAAAGAGAUUCUGUUACUUAGUAUCACAACAGCCUAUACAGGUCUGGAAUUAACAUUCUUCUCUGGAGUGUAUGGGACCUGUAUAGGAGCUGUAAAUAAAUUUGGUGCUGAAGAAAAAAGCCUGAUAGGGCUCUCUGGUAUUUUUAUUGGCAUUGGGGAAAUAUUAGGUGGAGGAAUCUUUGGCCUCCUAAGCAAGAGCAGCCGUUUUGGCCGGAACCCAGUGGUGAUGUUAGGCAUCAUCGUCCAUUUUGUAGCCUUCUAUUUGAUUUUCUAUAACAUACCGAAUGAUGCACCUAUUGCCUCCAUCUACGGAACAGACAGCAUAGCAUAUAUGGAACCAAGCAAAGAAGUGGCUAUUUUUUGCAGUUUCUUACUGGGUCUAGGUGAUAGCUGUUUCAACACUCAGCUCCUCAGUAUUUUGGGGUACCUGUAUGCAGAAGACAGUGCUCCAGCUUUUGCUAUCUUCAAAUUCGUUCAGUCUGUCUGUGCAGCCAUAGCAUUUUUCUACAGUAACUAUCUGCUUCUUCAGUGGCAGCUCCUGGUUAUGGCUGUGGUUGGGUUCUUUGGGACAAUUUCCUUUUUCACCGUGGAGUGGGAAGCCCCAGCCUUUGUUGCCAAGAACGUAGAUUACAGCAGCAUUUAAGGAAAGCCUUUUCAUCAUCCUAGGAUUCACAUGCUAACACAUCCAUUUCUUGAAAUGAGCUGUUAGCAUUUGCAAUUACAGAAGCAUGUUUGAAGGAAAUCUUUUUCCACCCUGGAAUAAUGGAGAGCAACUAUUACUUGGCAUGGAACAAGUAAGCACCAAAGUUUUGUUUUGAAUCAACUCGUGCUGAUGUGAAGGUUCAUUCACUACAGUGUGGAGGAAGAGAGACCUGGAAAUCAGGGCACCAGGAUAUUCUCUGUAUCACUGCCACUUUGCUGAGUGGCUGCAUCUCAGGUUUAUUACUAUCGACUGUGGAAAUCCUGCCCUUCUAAAAAUAUAUUGCUAUUUUGGUUGCAGUUAUGUACGUCUGAAACUUUGGUCCAGCUGUUUACUAAGAAUUUUUCCUUUGUUGGUGUUUGUGUACACUGCAACACAGAUAUGGAAGAUUAAUUUGUUUCAUGGAUUUGUGCAGACAUUGUAUACAGACUCUAAAACUUUUUUUGUUAAUUUACCAGUCCCAUUUUCUCCUGAGACAUUUACUUUACAAGAUACACUAUCAUCUGUGUUGAAAAAAAAGAAUGUAUUUAUGGGAUAAGUAGCAUAAGGAAUUAAAUACAUUUGCACAAGCUAUUUUGCUAAUUUUAUGUAAUCUAAUCAGAGGCUGAAAAUUAUUAAGGUCUCAGUCCUCUGAGGCUAUUUAUCUUUACUCAGGAUCAACUUUAUGAUGAUUUUUGCUGCUAUAAGACUGUGUAAGAAAUGGUUUCCAAAGACCCCUAAUGACAUUAUCAUAAUACACCUACAAAUAUGUAAACACCUUGGUGGCUUAACUGAGUUCAGUGGGAUUUGUCACAUGCAUAAAAUUACUUGGAUGCAUGAAUUUGGUGUAUGAUUAAGGAAAGUGCCAUGAAUUGUUUUAACCCCAUUCACUUAUGUUCGUUGGUUAGUAACAACCUCUGGCCACAGUGUUCUCUUAUUGAUAUAUUUUCUCUGUAUCUGAAGAAGUGUGCAUGCACACGAAAGCUU